CCCGGGACGUUAAUCACGGGCGGACCAGUCGGUGACUGCAGCACUUGCCCUUAAACUUGCAGGCAGUGAAAUUGACCUCAUCUCUCAUCAUUGUUAUUAUAAUAAUUAUCAUUUAGCAAUAAGGAUAUCACAGCAGCACUAUGUCUCUCGCGGCAGAUGCAUUCGUGUCGCAGAUGGCAGCUGCUGAGCCUUGGCCUGAAAAUGCAACCUUGUACCAACCGCUGAAGGAGGAUCAGAUUCUGCUUUCAGACUGCGCCUCAUCUCUUGCUGUUCAGGCCUACCUCAGGAUGUGUGAUUUACCAGUGCAGGUGGUUUGCAAAGCAAAUGCUGAAUACAUGUCACCCUCUGGUAAGAUUCCCUUUAUUCACGUAGGGAACCAGGUGGUGUCCGAACUUGGGCCAAUAGUACAAUUCACUAAAGCUAAGGGACAUUCUCUGAGUGAUGGUUUAGAUGAUGUUCAAAGAGCUGAAAUGAAAGCAUACAUGGAGCUAGUCAACAACAUGCUGCUUACUGCUGAGUUGUACAUUCAGUGGUGUGAUGACGCUACAGCUGCUGAGAUUUCUCGUCCCAGAUACAGCAGUCCUUACUCGUGGCCUCUGAGUAACAUCCUUGCCUAUCAGAAACAGUGGGAAGUUCGUAGGAAGAUGAAUGCCAUUGGCUGGGGAGGGAAAACCCUCGAGCAGGUUUAUGAAGAUGUGAGUCAGUGCUGCCAGGCUCUCUCCCAGAGGCUGGGAACACAACCAUACUUCUUUAAUAAACAGCCUACAGAGCUGGAUGCCUUGGUGUUUGGUCACCUUUUCACUAUACUGACAACCAGACUGACCAGCACCGAGCUGGCAGAGAGGAUCAAGAGCUACAGCAACCUGUUGUCAUUCUGCAGACGUAUUGAACAGAGCUACUUUGAAAGCAAGAGCUCUUGAAGGACUGAAAAUAACAUCUCUGUCUCUGCAUUAUCUCAUCUUGUACAUUCUGCCUGUUUUUCUUUCAUUCCUUCUCUGAGAAGCUAAAAACUGCUUAAUAAUCACAUACAUGUCCCUCCAUUUUUCCUGUUCUUCUUUCUUUUGUUUGCUGCUGGUACAUUGUUACAUGCUGCUGAUAAGGAGUCCAGAGGAGUCAGUCCAUUGAAGGAUUAAGAUGUGUCAAUUGCACAUAAAUAAAGUAUCCUAGGAUGGGAGUUCUUGACUGUAUCCAGGUAUGGCUAGCUCCAAAAUUCCCUAAAACCACAGUAAAGAUGUUUUGUCUGUUUUGUCUGUCUGUUUUCAACAGACCAUGGAGCCUUUACACUUAAAGUAUUGCAGAGAUUAAAUGAAAAUAUUGAUGAUAAUAAUACAACUCUUAAUGAAUUUCCAGCAGAAGAUCAGACAUCAGGGUUAAAUGUAAAAGAGUUUCCAAAAAAUACCUUUAGCACUGUUCCACGAGAAUGGUCAACUUUUCCAUGUAUCACUGUGCAUUUAUAAAUACCCAUAGACAGAUGUUGGGUAUGGAUUUUACAGCUGUGUGACAUGGCUGCCUUUCAGAAGGUGGGACUCCACUUGAACUUUGAGGUCAAAUGGUUUGCUGUUUUUUUCCCCUCCAAAGCAACUUUAGAAGCUUGUAAGAAAUGUAUUGGUGUAUCUUCAAUCCAGAUCUAGCUUUUCUUCUGUACAGAAACAAAAAAUCAUGAACAUAACGAUGAAGAGGAUGUGAUUUAUUCCUUAGUUUUUCCACUGUUGUUUUAUUUGUGUGAAUGGAAAGUGCCUACAAGAUAAAAAUCAUUCAACUCAA